UUGAAGGGAUUUUAUAUAAAAAUAAUAACAAUAUGGAAACGACAUAACUUUUGAGUCGAUGUCAGUGUGAACAUGUUUUUAAAGGUGAAAUUGAAACAGUGAAUCAUCAGCAAUGGCUUCCAAAAGGUUGAUUUUCGCUUGGGCGGUGUGGCUCGCGUUGCCCCUGGCAACGGGCCAUCUUAACGUGCUUAUCAGCCAGGCUGAAGUUAUGAAACUCUUAGGUUUGGACGCGGAACUUUACUACGUUCGUGAAGGUGUCGUGAACACGUAUGCUACUGGUUUUAUAGUACCCGUGCCCGCUCACAUCACCGACUUGGAGUUUAUGUGGCAGGCUCUGGGACGGAAACCGCUGCCGUACGUGAUAAGUAUAGACUACGAGAGUCGGGGCGCCAUGUUGCCGCCGCAAGUCAAUAUAUCGGAGCGGGGGUACGUGCCCACCACGUUACAGACUUUUAGGGUCCGUUUGCCGUGCACUGGUUCAAGGAGUGCCGAAAUCCUUGUGACCAUGCAAGUAAAUAUUUCAGCACCGGAUCGUGCACACAAAGAUGUACGGCUGGUGUUUAAGAGAAACAAAAUUUGUUUGAAAGGUUUAUCAACGAUCAUACAGCACAAUGAUACAGCUCGAUUGGCUGGUGACGCGAGCAGCACUUCCGGUGGAGUACUUUUUGCUGCAGGUGGAUGUGCCGCUGCUGCACUAGCACUCCUGGCAGGAGUAGCAGCAGCUGGCACAUUAUACCGGAGAGGCAAUAAAGCUCGACAUCACGACUCUAUACACACAUCAUAUACCACAGCGGCUUAUGGGAGUCAUCAGAACGUGUUGCUUCGUCUGGACACGCUGGGCAGGCCGCCUAGCUCUACCGGCUCUUACGCUACCAUCGCCAGCCUUCAUAAGUUUCCUUUCGAUUUAGAAAAUCACUGUCAAACAGGCAGUCGAAGAUCGCCUUCACCGUAUGCAACGACACACAUCGGUGAGCACAUCUACGCGAAGCCGGAAUCCCGUGUGUCGUAUUAUGCUGCUUCAAACCUUACCCAUGUGUCACAGCAAACCAUAGCGAAGGAUCGCAUUACGGAACCAGCUGAUCAACUGCGUUAUCUGACCACCCCUCGAUCCAACAUCCGCCUUGAAAUAUUGGUCCAAGAAGGUACCUUCGGCAGAGUUUAUAAAGGGGUGUUCAAAAGAGGUGAUACCUAUGAGGAAGUGCUCGUGAAAACUGUGUCUGAUGCGGCUUCAGCGAUGCAAGCAGCUUUACUGCUAGCGGAGGGUCUUAGAUUAUGUGGUUUGGUGCAUUCUAAUGUGUUGACCCCGAUGGCUGCUUGCGCGGAAGAAGCCAGGAAGCCCCUCCUUGUAUAUUGCUGCGUGUCGCACUCUUCUAAUCUGAAAAGGCGAGUGUUACAAUUACAGCAGAAAGACCUGUUCCUUACAUCCUGUCGUCUCGGGCACCAAGCCGCGCCCGCGACUCGUGAGCUAGUCGAUCUCGGAGCACAGAUCGCCUGCGGGUUAGCUUACUUACACGUGCAACGAGUCAUCCACACAGAUGUUGCUACCAGGAAUUGCAUAGUGGAUGAAAAGUUGAGACUCAGGAUUACAGACAACGGGCUGUCCCGGGAUUUGUUCCCGGAUGAUUAUCACUGUCUUGGGGACAAUGAAAAUAGACCGGUUAAAUGGAUGGCGCCAGAGUCUCUUUUGCAAGGACAGUGCACGACCUCGUCUGAUGUGUGGUCAUUGGGAAUAACACUAUGGGAAUUAGCAACGCUUGGAGCGGCUCCUUUAUCAGAAUUAGACGCAGCCGAUGUUGGGGCCUUUCUUAACGGAGGCUAUAGACCUUCCCAACCCCAUAAUUGUCCCGAUGAAUUGUAUGGCUUAAUGUCAUGGUGCUGGACAACUUCUCCUUCAGCUCGCCCCACCGCUCCACAACUUUUGGCCGCCCUACACGACUUUCGACAAGCACUCAGUACUUAUAUCUAACAUGUCUCUACAACUUUUACAAUUCAUUUCUUAUCUUCCCCGCACAGGCAAAUCUUCUCAUUGCUUUCUUCUUUGUUUAUCUAAUUUAGAAGAUACCGAUGUGCCUACCAAAUAUUUUUACAAUUAUUUAUUUUAACAAAAAUAUUCAUACCUCAAAUAUCAAAGGAUAAUUUACAUGAAUCGAUAUUAUUUAUAAUUAUUUAAAUAAAAAAUACAUGAAGUCCGAUCGGAUCCAAGGAUACAGACUGUAUAUUUUUUAAAAUAAAAGUGAUAUGGUAAUUGUAAGUAGAUUAAUAUAUAAUUUCCUAUGUAGUGAUAUGUGUUUAUGUAAACAACUUAGAUAGAACUGAUGAUGGAUUCUUAGAAUUCGUAAACAUGAAAUACAAAACGGAUCGUAUUAUAAGGAUAUCGAUAUUAUUUGAUUAUUCUGUACUGUCAAAUAAUCAAUAUUUAGUUCAUAAACAUUCAAUUUGGAAAUUAUUAAUUCUAAAAAUCUAUAUGUAAUACGUAAGUGUAUAUAAUACAACGUACAUACGUCAGUAUAUUAAUCUUAUUGUACGAAUAAUAAGUCGAUGCGAAACGGAAUUAAUUUUUAUGGAAGACUUAGUGUUUUGUAUUAGUAAAUUUAAAUAUUCGAUGGUAAGAUAUUUUUAAGAUAGGUUAGAGUUCCUGAGGACAUUCAAGUCCGUCCAGGCCUGCUAAAGGAUCAACACCAAAACAGUAGUGAGUAGUGGUAUUACUGCGGAAUGACUUCCAGGGAUUAUUCAUAUUGAAAUCAAGACAAUGUAAAAAACCGAUAAAAUAUAUUGGCUGUAAAAUAAUUCACAUAUCCAGUUUAAUUUAAAGUGAAAACGAACGUGUAAAAAAAACAACAAUUAAAUUCCAAGAAAAUAAUCUCUAGAGGCCGGAAUAAGCGUAAUCCGCGAACAAGAAGUAAUUGUCUAUUAACCACAAUUUAUAAAUCUAUAUUUAUGUAAUCCUAAUGUAUGAUAAUGUAAAUAUUUGUCACCUGUUUUAUAUAACACUUUUACCGGCUUCCACAAAGCGCUAGCGGGUGCGGCUGUCAAAGUGACAGCGAAGUUUCAAAAAAAUGUUACGUCACCGCGUCCAUGUCGUUCCGCGCUCGUUGGUCGCGUUUAAAAACGGUAAGUAUAAAAAAUCGUGGUAGUUUCAAUCGAUUUCGAAUUUAUGGUUAUAGAUGUUAUCAUCGUCGUUUUUCAUAGAUAAUGUCUACGAGUAACGUGCUUAUUUCCGUUUAGCCUUUUAAUGUGUUUAAUUAUUUUGAUGCUCUUUUCCUCUACAAGAGUAAGUGAUCCUGCUUUUUAUUACUAGCGCAUUUUAAUAACAUUCUUAUAAAACAUGUUGUCGGGACAGUUGCAAUAGUGUGAAAAUGUAACAAGUUAUUUAUCAACAAGGUUCUCAGUAAUACUUUACAACGCAUUUUUAUUAUUGUUAAUUUAUUCGUAUACAAUUGGUUACAAAGAUAAAUGCAAGAUAUUGUUUAAAGGUUUUUAUGUAUUUAUUAUAUCAAGUAAACGCGUUAUGGAUCAUACAGGGUGUUUAACUCUAGGCAUUUCGAGCGAUUAGACUUUUAAUUGCAAUUAUUUCGCGCAUUAGCAUUAAGGUUGAUGUUUUGUAAUCUGUACAUCGCUGUUUGUAUUUUCAUGUCUAUUAUAUACAGUAUGAGGGGUCUUACUACAAAUCAAGUUGCCAAAGAACACGCCUAGUAGAAUUUAGACAGUGAAUCUUAUUUCUCAAUUAAAAUGGGUGAUUUUGGUCCUUUUGUAGUAAGACGGUGAAAAUAUUUUUUAGGAUAUGCAAUAGAUCGCUAGAAGCGCUAUCUAAAUAUAUGUCCUAUUUUGUAUAACAAUUAUGAAAUAACCAAAGAACUACGUAGAACUUUUUGAUCUUAAUAGGUAAUAAGUAAAACUCAAUUUAUAUGUGACUAGUUAUAAAAUUGCACGGUAAAGGAAUCCGAUGGUAGUGUUUACAAGAAAUAUCUUUUAAAAUACUCAUAAUAUGUUAAUAUAUUUUAUUCUGUUUAUUCGGAUUGGGGAAUAAAGCGCAAAAUAAAUAAAUUUAUUCAUACGUAUAUAUGUUUGUACAUAGUUUUUUCUAUAUCAAUCGAUUUGUUUCACUUUGUACUGUACUGUAACAUCUAUUAUAUUUAAAAAACGAAUGAUCUGAAGUCGCAUUUGUAUUACUAUCAAUUAAAGUUAAAUGUUUAAAAUAUAAAGUAAUUGUCAUAGUAGAAAUAAUCCCGUUACUAGUAAUAUAUACUUCUGGU